AUGUCUUCCAGGCUCUUGGGCGAGGGGCUGAGCACGGGGAAGCCGCACCCUCCUGUGACUCACUUGGAAAGGCCUGGACGUCAGGUUGAGGCCUCUCGUGAGGCCACCGUUUACGCUUCGCCCAAGAGGCGCCAGUGGUCGGGCUGGGCUGCUGCUCGGAGGCGUCUAGCCCAGCUAUUAGGGGACCCAGUAGCUCCAGGAUUGCUCCGUUACGCGAAAGCUCCAGGUGAAUGUAGCUGGGGUGCCUGUCAUCCCCCCACUGGCAAUCUCCUAGUGGGCCGUAGUGCGCAGCUCACAGCUUCUUCUACCUGCGGGCUAGAGGGAGCCCAGAAGUACUGCAUCCUCAGCUACCUUGAGGAGGAACAAAAAUGCUUCAUCUGUGACUCCAGAUUUCCAUAUGAUCCCUACACCCAGUCAAACAGCCACACCAUUGAGAAUGUAAUUACAAGUUUUGAACCAGAUAGAGAAAAGAAAUGGUGGCAGUCUGAAAAUGGUCUUGAUCAUGUCAGCAUCAGAUUGGACCUAGAGGCAUUAUUUCAGUUCAGCCACCUUAUUCUGACUUUCAAGACUUUCCGGCCUGCUGCAAUGUUAGUUGAACGUUCCACAAACUAUGGACACACUUGGAAAGUAUUCAAAUAUUUUGCAAAAGACUGUGCUACUUCCUUUCCCAACAUCACAUCUGGCCAGGCCCAGGGAGUGGGAGACCUUGUUUGUGACUCCAGAUACUCGGAUAUUGAACCCUCAACUGGUGGUGAGGUUGUUUUAAAAGUUUUGGAUCCCAGCUUUGAAAUAGAAAACCCUUACAGCCCCUACAUCCAGGACCUUGUGACAUUAACAAACCUGAGGAUAAACUUUACCAAACUCCAUACUCUUGGGGAUACUUUGCUUGGAAGGAGGCAAAACAAUUUCCUUGAUAAAUAUUACUAUGCUUUGUAUGAGAUGGUGGUUCGGGGAAGCUGUUUUUGCAAUGGCCAUGCAAGUGAAUGUGGCCCAAUGCAGGAGGCACGAGGAGAUGUCUUCAGCCCCCCUCGAAUGGUUCCUGGACGGUGUGUCUGUCAGCACAACACAGCUGGCCCCAACUGUGAGAGGUGCAAGGACUUCUUCCAGGAUGCUCCUUGGCAGCCGGCGGCCGGCCUCCAGGACAGCACUUGCAGACCGUGCAGCUGUAAUGGCCACUCUGACCUCUGUCACUUCGACAUGACUGCAUACCUGAGGAGCGGCGGCCUCAGUGGGGGCGUGUGUGACGACUGCCAGCACAACACCGAGGGGCAGCACUGUGACCGCUGCAGACCCCUUUUCUACAGGGACCCCUUCCAGGCUAUCUCGGAUCCCUAUGCCUGCAUUCCUUGUGAAUGUGACCCUGACGGGACCAUAUCUGGUGGCAUUUGUGUGAGCCAGUCUGAUCCUGCCCUGGGGUCUGUGGCUGGCCAGUGCUUGUGUAAGGAGAACGUGGAGGGAGCCAAGUGCGACCAAUGCAAGCCCAACCACUACGGGCUGAGUGCCACCGACCCCGUGGGCUGUCAGCCCUGCAAUUGUAACCCCCUUGGGAGUCUGCCCACCUCGACCUGUGAUGUGGAUACAGGCCAGUGCUUGUGCCAGUCAUUUGCCACCGGACCACACUGUGAAGAAUGCAUUGUUGGAUACUGGGGACUGGAAAAUCAUCCCCAGGGAUGUUCUCCCUGUGACUGUGAUAUUGGAGGUGCUUAUUCUACCAUAUGCUCACCUGAGGAUGGGCAGUGUGAGUGCCGCCCUUACAUCACUGGCCCCAGCUGCACAGAACCAGCCCCCGGCUACUUCUUUGCACCUUUGGAUUUCUAUCUCUACGAGGCAGAGGAGGCGAUGCCACUCCAAGGACUUGCACCUUUGAUAUUAGCAACAGCUUUGCCUACAUGUGAUGUGUAUUUCCAGCAACAAGGAAAUGAGUUCACCAUUGACAAAGGCAAUGUAAUAUUGAAGAGAAAUCAGAAGCAGAGCACACCUGCUGACCCACAGAUGGAGGGCUCGGUGACUUUUGGCCAGGCGCCUGCUGUUCAUAUUGUUUUCCCAGAGCUGCUUCCUGGGACCCCUAUUACGUGGACUGGACCUGGAUUUGCUAAGGUUCCUCCUGGGACUGGCUUGAGAUUUGCUGUCAACAACAUUCCCUUUCCCAUGGACUUCUCCAUUGCCAUUCGCUAUGAAAUUCAGUCAACAGCUGACUGGUCUGCCCAGAUCAUGAUUAAUCUGCCUGGAGGGAGCAAGCACUGUACACACAAGACCCGACAGCCAAGGCCUCAGUCUUCUGCUUUACCAGCAGCUUCCAGAAUCAUGCUGCUUCCCACACCCAUCUGUUUAGAACCAGAUGUACAAUAUUCCAUAGAUGUCUAUUUUUCCCAGCCUUCGGAAGGACAGCCCCUCACUCAUUCACACAUCCUGGUCGAUUCUCUUGGUCUUAUUCCCCAAAUCAAUUCUAUGGAGAAUUUCUGUAGCAAGGAGGAUUUGGAUGAGUAUCAGCUGCACAACUGUGUUGAAAUUGCCUCGGACACGGGGCCUCGGGUGCUUCCUGGUGCAUGUGAAAGGCUUAUAGUCAGCAUGUCUGCCAAGCUGCACAAUGGGGCAGUGGCCUGCAAGUGUCACCCCCAGGGCUCAGUGGGGCCCAGCUGCAGCCGGCUCGGAGGCCAGUGCCUGUGCAAGCCUGGUGUGGCCGGGCGCUGCUGUGACAAGUGCUCACCAGGAAGCUACGGUUUGGGGCAUCAUGGCUGUCACUCAUGCCACUGCCACCCUCAAGGCUCAAAGAACACCGUGUGUGACCAAAUAACAGGAGAGUGCCCCUGCCAGGAAGAGGUGGCUGGCCGCAGUUGUGAUCGGUGCCUGACAGGCUAUUUUGGAUUUCCCAAUUGCCGCCCUUGCCUUUGUAAUGGGUUUGCUGAACUUUGUGAUCCAGAGACAGGGUCGUGCUUCAAUUGCAGGGGCUUUACAACUGGAAGAAACUGUGAAAGAUGCACUGAUGGUUACUAUGGGAAUCCUUCCUCAGGACAGUCCUGCCAUCCUUGCCCAUGUCCAGAUGUUCCCUCAAGCGAUCAAUAUUUUGCCCACUCCUGUUAUCAGAAUCCCUGGAGCUCAGAUGUAAUCUGCAAUUGUCUUCAAGGUUAUGCAGGGAAGCGGUGUGGAGAAUGCUCUGCCGGUUUCUAUGGAAAUCCACGAAUUUCAGGAGCACCUUGCCAGCCGUGUGCCUGCAACAGUAACAUCGAUGUAACGGACCCGGAGGCCUGCAGCCGGGUCACAGGGGAGUGCCUUAGAUGUCUGCACAACACCCAGGGGCCCCGCUGCCAGCUCUGCAGGCCAGGUUACUUCGGAUCUGCCAUCAAUCAGACCUGCAGGAGAUGCUCCUGCCACCCUUCUGGCGUGAAUCCCACUGAGUGUCCCCCUGGUCGGGGAGCUUGCCUCUGUGACCCUGACACUGGUGCAUGCCCUUGUCUGCCCAACGUCACAGGUCAGGCCUGUGACCACUGUGCUGAUGGGUACUGGAAUCUGGUCCCUGGCAGAGGAUGUCAGCCAUGUGAUUGUGACCCCGGGACUUCUCACAGUAACCGCUGUGACCAGCUUACAGGCCAGUGUCCAUGUAAAUUAGGCCAUGAUGGGAAACGCUGCAGUGAGUGCAAGGAAAAUUAUUACAGUGAUCCGCUGGGACGAUGCCUUCCAUGUGACUGCAACAGGGAAGGUACCCAGAGGCCCGUGUGUGACCAGGGCACAGGCAUGUGCCACUGCCGGGAGGGUGUCAGCGGCCAGAGAUGUGAUCGCUGCGCCCGGGGUCAUGGCCAGGAAUUCCCUGCUUGUCUUCGGUGCCACGUGUGCUUUGAUCAGUGGGACCACACCAUUGCUCCCCUCUCCGAAGCCGUGCAAGGGUUAAUUAGGCUGGCUGCUAACAUGGAAGAUAAAAGGGAGACCCUGCCCGUCUGUGAGGCCAACUUCAAAGGCCUCAGAGAGAACUUGUCUGAAAUAGAAAGGAUUUUGAAACAUCCUGUUUUCUCAUCUGGGGAAUUCUUAAAAGUCAAGGAUUAUCAUGACUCUGUCCGGAGACAAACCAGGCGGCUAAGUGAGCAACUGAAAACAGUGUAUGAAUUUCAAGAUUUAGAAGAAAUAUUAGUAAGAAUGAGGAGUGAAGCAGACCUUUUGCUUGAAAGUCUCAAAGAAGAAAUUGAUUUGCAUUCCAGUGUCCAUAAUGCAAACAUCAUGGACAUCUCAGAGAACAUCAAGAAGUAUUAUCAGAGAUCACUAUCUGCUGAAAGGAAAACUAAUGAAACAACUGCCAUCAUAAAUAACUCUGAAAAAAUCAGGAGGGACUUACACACCAUUGUAGAUACACUAACUGCCAAAGGAAACCUAUCAUUGGAAAAACUGAAGCAGAUUAAGAUACCAAAUAGCCAAAUAUUGUAUGAAAAGGUGUGUGGAGAACGAGGGGACGUGUGUGCGCUCUCGUGCUGUGGCGGCCCCCUGGCCCUCUCCGGGACCGCCCUGCAGAAAGCUCAGGAGGCAGAGUCCAUGAUUCACAGUUGGAGCAGCCAGGCUCACGGGGUAAAGAAUCAGAUAAAAAAUAUAAGUAAACUGGCAGAAGUCUCCAAAAACAGUAUCUUCCAGCUGAGUGAGAAACUGAGGAAUAUGAAAAACCAAAGUGAAUCUGAAGAAGAAGAAAUGAAUCUUUUAAUCAGAAAACUAACAAAGUUUUUGUUAGAGGAAGACAUGCCUCCAGAGGACAUAGAGAAAGUUGCAAAUCCUAUACUUGACAUCCACCUACCAGUAACAUCACAAAAUCUAACCCAUGAACUUGACAAAAUACAGAAGCUGAUGCAACUCUGUAAGGACUACAGGACAGACAAGAACAGGCUAAAUAAAGCAGCAGGUGGAGCCCAGAAGGUUUUGGUGAAGGCGAAGGUAGCUGAAAAAGCAGCAGCAAAUGUUGUGUUAAGUCUUGACAAAAUGUUGAAUCAAUUGCAACAAGUUCAAAUCACUCAAGGACGGGCAAAUUCAACCAUCACACAGCUGACUACAGAGAUAACAAAAAUAAAAAAGAAUGUACUGCAGGCUGAAAAUCAAGCCAAGGAGACUAAGAAUGAGCUGGACUUAGCACAGCAGCAGUCAGGGCUGGAGGAUGGACUUCCCCGACUGCAGUCCACAGUGCAAAGGAAUCAAGACCAAGCCACCCGUGCGAAAGCGCAGGCUGAGUCGGCCCGACGCCAGGCUGGGGGCCUGGAGGAGGAGUUUGUAGAGCUGAAAAAUCAAUAUGCUGCUCUCCAACGUAAGACAAGCACCAUAGGACUGACAAAGGAAACCUUAGGGAAAGUGCAACAGCUCAAAGAUGCAGCAGAAAAACUGGCUGAGGAUACAGAGGACAAGAUAAGAAGAAUAACAGAUUUAGAAAAGAAGAUCCAAUAUUUGCAUCUAAGUAGACAAGAAAAAGCUGAUCAACUGAAACAGUUGGAGAAUCAAGCCAUUGCCAUUAAAAAUGAAAUUGUUGAGCAGGAAAAUAAAUAUGCUACCUGCUACAGUUAGAGUUACAGUACAAAAUCAGCCUGCGCCUUCUCUGGCUUCUGACAAGGAAACCUGAGGAGCUGCGCUGACUUGGGAAACCCAAACGCUCAGCCUGCUCUGCCCGCCCUUCCCCAAGCCUCUCGGUGCCCCACACCCGCCCCCAGGGCUGGGCGGAGGACUGGGCCAAGGGAAAGCUGCUUCAAAGAAAAGAAAGGGCAAGUAAAGAGACUGUCUCUGCUUACAGAAACCUUUCCUCUGGCCAUCCCCUUUCCUACUUAAAAAUAGUGAGUUACAUAUGCAAGCAUAAAUCUAAAUAUUCUAUUUACUAAUACUCAUUUCCAGUGAACUGAAAGGUUAAAUAAAUUGCCAGCAGCUGGGGUUGAGGAAUGGGAGUUAUCAGUCAACAGGUAUAAAGUUUCAGUUAAGCAAGAUGAGGAAGUUCUAAAGAUCUGCUGGGCAUUACAUGCACAGUCGGUGAUAAUAUACAUUCAAACAUGUUAUGAGGGUAGUGCUCAUAUUAAAUGUUCUUACCACAAUAAAUUUAAACAAAAUAAAUCAGUGUCUCUAAAACAAAGAUGGAAAUAAAUAUGG